AUGGGCAUCUUCAGUAAAUUGGUCAAAACCACCGUCGCAGGAAGCGUCGCUUCGGUCGGUGUAUUCUGGGGCGCGACUCGCAACGACAUCUUCCAGCACAUGGACGCAUCCGACCCCAUCUUCCAAUCUGCCCUCUUCAAUAAGUGGAACCCCAAUCGCAACCCGACUCUGCACGAUGUGUGCGUUCGUCAAAUGCCCCUGGACAAGAUUCAGCCCUCCCUAGUCGAGGAAAAGGGCAAGCUGGUGGAGGCCUUCUGUGCCGGUGUUUGGGGUGGCCUGGGUUACAUCCCCCAGCGAGCCUACCUUGAUCGGAAGUACCGUGGCCCCGAAACCGCCAGCCACUUGUGGGAUCGAUCUGACCUUCUCUCCAACACCUACGAAGUUGGCACAAUCGUGACGGACCAUUUCGAGGUGGUCGAGAAGACCGAAGACCGCAUCGUCGUCCGCUGCGGAGACACUCCCCGAAACCCCGACGUCCGCGCCUCCGACGGCCUGUUUGAAAUCGCUGCUGUGGUCAAGAAGGAACAGAAUGUCGCCGAGUUCAGUCUAAAGAGCUGUUUCUACCAAGGCGCCGGAAAGGCAGAGGCACCUCCCAUGGACGAUAAGAUUGCUUGGGCCCACCGCCAAUACACGAAGCUCUUGCUGGAGACGGCUGUUCUCAAGAAGUGCGUGAAAUAA